CUUGAAAUCGUCAGUUGAGUGUUGGGGGGAAGGAACAUAAGGCUGUGAUUGUGGAGGUAGCCAUGGUAGCCUUCCUUUUAACUAGUCUGUGCGUUUUCUUCCCUUUGGCUAUAUUCAUAAUAAAGUUCCUGCACAAGGUAUGGUGGACUCCGAUCCGGGUACAAUAUAUGAUGGGUUUGCAGGGAAUCAAAGGCCCUUCUUAUAGCUUCCUUCAUGGAAGCACCAAGCAGAUCAUGAACAUGAGAAAGGAAUCCUUCGCCACUGCAAUGGACUUAUCACAUCAUAUAUUCCCAAGAAUUAUGCCUCACAUUGAUGCAUGGAUCCAGCUAUAUGGUGAAAAUUAUCUUCAAUGGCGUGGUCCUCAACCUCAAUUAGUUGUCACUGAAACUCAGCUGAUUAAGGAGAUAUUGAACAACAAAGAUGGAGCCUUUGUUAAAACGAAGCCUAGUAGUUACGGUAAGAAGCUAAUUGGAGAUGGGAUUGUAGUAACUCGAGGUGAAAAAUGGUCCAAGUUACGUAAAAUCUCCAACUAUGCUUUCCAUGCGGAGAACUUGAAGGAAAUGGUCCCAGCAAUGACAGCAAGUGUGGAAACCAUGCUACAAAGAUGGAGACAUCGUGAAGGAAAGGCAAUUGAAGUAUACGAAGAGUUCAAGCUGCUAACAUCAGAAAUUAUUUCACGAACAGCUUUUGGAAGUAGUUAUUUGGAAGGGAAGAAUAUAUUUGAUAUGUUGAUUAAGUUGAGCACAAUCAUAUCAAGGAAUGAAUUCAAGAUUCACUUUCCUGGCAUCGGGAAAUUUGUGAAAUCAAACGAUGAUACUGAGUCAGAUAGAAUAGAACACGUAAUUCGAGACUUAAUCAUAACGAUGAUACAAAAAAGAGAAGAGAAAGUGGUGCAAGGAAAAUCGGACAACUACGGGAGUGACUUUCUUGGAUCACUUAUAAAGUUUUACCAUGAUGCUGAUGAUAACAGUAAUAUUUCAAUUGACACUGUGAUAGACGAAUGCAAGAUAUUCUACAUUGCUGGACAAGAAACCACUAAUGGCUUACUAGCUUGGAGCAUUUUUCUCCUAGCAAUCCAUUCAGAUUGGCAAGAGAAAGCAAGGAAGGAGGUGCUUGAAUUGUUUGGCCAACAAAACCCAAGUCCAGAAGGCAUCGCAAGAUUGAAGAGUAUGAGCAUGAUCCUAAAUGAAACUCUAAGGUUGUAUAGUCCAGCAGCCAAUAUGUGGAGAAAAGUUGAGAGGGAAGUCAGAUUGGGAAAGCUUGUUCUUCUAGCCAAUAUGGAUGUCUAUAUUCCAUCUCUAGCACUCCACCAUGACCCUAAUAUAUGGGGAAAAGAUGCUCACCUUUUCAAGCCAGAGAGAUUUGCCGAAGGGGUGGCUAAAGCAACUAAUAACAACACAACAGCAUUCAUUCCAUUUGGUUUAGGACCUCGAAUGUGUGUGGGUUUGAACUUUGCAGCAGCUGAAACCAAGAUAGCGCUCUCAAUAAUUCUGCAACGCUAUACAUUCACCCUCUCGCCAACUUAUGUUCACUCACCAAUGCAAAUACUUACUAUUCGCCCAAAGCAUGGAAUUGAAGUCAUAUUCCAUGCAUUGUAAAUUUCAGUUGUAGCUUUUCUCUUAUCAAUGUGAGCAAACUCGUAAACUGUUGACAAUAUAUGUUCUGUAUUUGUAUG